UGACACUUAAAACAAGAAGUCUUUUCAACACACACAGACCAAGAUCAGAUGUCUUCCGUGGCUGGGCUUGCUGGUCUCUACAUCAUGAAAAACGGCUAUCUAAGGUUGCUUCCAGGAUUCUUGAUUCUGCUGUUUUUGCCAUCAGAAGCCACAUCCUUGAACAAGAAACCCUGUGCUUGGUGGUGCGAUCCAAACCCCCCAUGCAUCAACAUCGAUGCCUGCCGCUGCAUUCCUGGAUUCAGUUCUGCAACUGAGGACAGCUCCACCAGCCCCUUGAAGAGUUGCCAUGACAUCAACAAGUGUGAAUCAUCAUGGAACGAGUCCUAUGAAAUAUACGAAGACUGCCAGAACAACACAGUCCAAUGCAUAGGAAUCACAACUCUUUCUCAAAAAGAAUUUGAGAAUGAGUGUACUAAGAAAAUGACUGAACUCGAACUACUACUGCUGGAGACAAUAAACACUGCAGCCCAGAAGCUUAAAACCUCUAUCACAACAAGUUGUGCUCAGUGGUGCCCUCCAAACUCCAAAUGUGUUGAUGCCAACACCUGUCGCUGCAUUCCAGGAUUCACGUCUUCAACUGGGGAAGUCAUCACCAGCCACUCAGAGACUUGUGAUGAGAUCUCCAUCCACACCUGGACCGCACCCUCAAGUAUCAACAGCUCGACGCUCUCCUGCUUCUUCGACAGAGUCCAGAAUCUUCUUGAAAGCAUGGAGUCAGUCCCUGUCCAGGACACUAUCCAGAACCUCAUACAGGGGGUAGAUGAAAUGCUGGAGGCCCCCCGGGACCUGGAAACCCUGCCCAGCUCAGAGCAGCACCUUGUGGCCUCUAACCUGCUCACUGGACUGGAAACGGUCUUGAGAGGACUGAGCAGGUCCCUGGACAAUGAGUCACUGCACUUCAGUUCACCUUCAGGCACAGAAAUGUCACUGAAGGCACUGGAUAAAGAAGAUAAGAAUGUCACCUUGAUUCAGAAUAACAUAAAGAUGAUACUGAUCUGGGAUACAGUGCAUGAAUCUAAUGACUCAGGUCCCAUGGUGGUGGGCCUUGUCUCCAUGCCUGGGAUUGAAAAGUUGCUGGAUAGAGUCUCCCUGAUCGUGGAUACUGAGGAACAGGCAGUUCCACAUGAGACACACAGGGAAUUGCUGCAAGAAACGCCCCCUAUCCUGCUGUCAGAUGUCAUAUCCGUUUUCAUCAGCAACAGUAACACACAGAACCUCAGUUCUUCAGUCAAAUUUGUCUUCAAACAUUCAAGGACCCCUGAAACAAAGGGGGAGGUGCACUGUGUCUUCUGGGAGCAGGGCCAGAAUGGAAGUGGCCACUGGGCAACCAGAGGCUGCAGGACGAUGGACAGCAGAGACGACAGCACCACCUGCCAAUGCACCCACUUCAGCAGCUUUGCUGUCCUCAUGGCCUACUACAAUGAGCAGGAGGAGGAUCCCACACUGACUGUGAUCACCUACGUGGGACUGAGCCUUUCUCUGCUGUGCCUCCUCCUGGCGGUCCUCACCUUCCUGCUAUGCAAAGCCAUCCAGAACACCAGCACCUCGCUCCACUUGCAACUCUCACUCUGCCUCUUCCUGGCCCACCUGCUCUUCCUGACAGCCAUCGACAGAACUGAGAACAAGGUGCUGUGUACCAUCAUCGCGGGUGCCUUACACUAUCUCUACCUGGCCUCCUUCACCUGGAUGCUGCUGGAGGGUCUGCAGCUCUUCCUCACUGCCCGCAACCUGACGGUGGUCAACUACUCCAGUGUCAACAGGUUCAUGAAGAAACUCACGUUCCCAGUGGGCUACGGAGUCCCGGCUGUGAUUGUGGCCAUUUCUUCUGCAUCCAGGCCUCAUCUUUACGGAACACCCAAACGAUGCUGGCUCAGCACAGAAAAAGGAUUUGUAUGGACAUUUCUUGGCCCUGUCUGCACCAUCUUCUUUAUUAAUUUAGUUUUCUUCCUGAUAACAUUCUGGAUUGUGAAAAAGAAGCUCUCCUCACUCAACAGUGAUGUGUCUACUCUCCGGAAGACUAGGAUGCUAACAUUCAAAGCCACAGCUCAGCUCUUUAUCUUGGGAUGUACAUGGUGUCUGGGAAUCCUGCAGGUGGGACCAGCUCCACAAGUCAUGGCCUACCUCUUCACCAUCAUCAACAGCCUGCAGGGUUUCUUCAUCUUCCUGGUGUACUGCCUCCUCAGCCAGCAGGUGCAAGAGCAAUACAAGAUAUGGUUCAAAGGGAUCAAGAAAAAGAAAACUGAGUCUGAGGAGUACACACUCUCCAGCAGGGCCAUGUUGGAACCCUCUAAACACAGUGAGCACCUAUGAAGAUGCGGUGGCUCACCCAAAUAAUGUCAUGGAAACAUCCACGUUCUCCCAUCCAAUUACUUCCUUGAAUGGUGGACAAAAUUGGAAGCUCUCCCUAAAAAAGCAAGGAGAUGGAAUCACUCACGAAGCCUCCAUGAGAUGAUUGUGGUUUCUCAUCCGCUUUGAUGAGACAGACUUGAAUAUAUUGAGGAAAAGCAUUUGUAACUUUUUGUGACUUAUGAAUGUGAAUUCCUAUAGGAUCUCAUUGAGUGAAAUGUUCCUUGGUGUUUUUGCUCUGAUGGAUGUGAUUCUUACUUGCUAGGAUAUUAAAAGAAAGCAAAUACUUGUGCCAGAUUUUCCCCUUUAGGGUGUACAUGGGAGCUCGAGUCAUGUCUCCUAUCUCACUGGACUUCUCAGAGUAGCUUACAAGAUGCAGGAUAUCAUUAAAAGUUAACUUAUGUGGCUAUGACAUUCAAUUUGUUCUUCUAAGACUUGAAGGACACAAUCGAACACCUUGAGUUGACACUAUAGGAGCCUGACCCAAACAGAUGAGAAAUGUCCUUGAUCUCACCUGAUCCAAGAGAGAAUUACUGUGUGUAUUUAUCAUGAGGACCCUUUUAACUAACUGACAGUGCACAUUAAUAAAAGGGAACACCAUCCACUGAGUGGGUCCAUUGUGCAACAAUCAUUGGAUGUUUGCCAUGGAAAGUUUCAUGGGGUCGUCACAGUUAAAUCUGGUAAUUUCAGUAAGAUGAGGGCAAGUGAACAUUAACAAUCUAUUAUGCCACCAAGAAAGACUGAAGGUGACAAAAACCACUACAAUAUUGUAAAGUAAUUAGCCUCCAACUAAUAAAAAUAAAUGGAAAAAAAAGAUUUAAGGUGAGAGGAGAAGGGGACAACAGAGGAUGAGAUGGUUAGAUGACAUCACCGACUCAAUGGGACAUGAGUUUUAGUAAACUCCGGGAGUUGGUGAUGGACAGGGAGGCCUGGUGUGCUGCAGUCCAUGAGGUCACAAACAGUUAGACACAACUGAGCAACUGAACUGAACUCAUGCCAUUGAGUCAUUCAUGAGGCUUACAGUUAAUCAUAUGACAUUCAAGGAAUUAUAGUAAUAUUUUUAAUAAUAAUAACAUGAAAAUCUAAGUCAAUGACAAAGUCCAAGUUCGGAGUCAAGCAAAGGUGUUCAUUUGGUAGAAUACUGCCAACAACCCCCACCCACCCAUCCAAAUCACUGUGCUGUUUUUCUACACUAUGAUGGAAAAUAAGUGAUCAGUGUGAAAACAUAUCACAGAGGGAUGGAAUUCAGUUGGGGAUAACAAAAGAUGAGGAAAAACCUUUCUAAGGAGGGAAUAUUUAGGAUAUAUUAGAGAACAAAAGUGAUAAUAUAGGGUGAUGACUAGUUGAAAGGGAAGAGGGAAGAGGUACACACUGGGAAGAAGCUCUGCUGGAUCUUUUUUCUGUUUCUUCUCCUAUUUUCUUCAGCACAGUUUAAAGAGACAAGGUAGAAACUUGUCAGUCUGACAUGUCAAUGUAUGGGAAAAACCACUACAAUAUUGUAAAGUAAUUAACCUCCAACUAAUAAAAAUAAAUGGGAAAAAAUAAAAUAAAAAUAAAAACUCCCUUGAAGCAAAAGGGAAGAAUCCAAAAUGUUUGGAUAGAAAUAAGUGACUGUGAUCUAUCUAUUGUAUUAAAAGCCAUUCCCUAACCCAGUCUGGGAUUCCCAUGUGGCUCAGUGGUAAAGUAUCCACCUGCCAAUACCAGAGACACAGGUUCAAUCUGUGGGUUGGGAAGAUCCUCUGGAGAAGAAAAUGGCAACCUAUUCCAGUAUUCUUGCCUGGGAAACCCCAUGGAUACAGGAGCCUAGCAGGCUAUGGUCCAUGGGGUCAGAAAAGAGUCUAACAUGGUUUAGCAACUAAACAACGACAACCCAGUAUACCUUGAUAAAGCACUGAUUCUUUCCUUUCCUUUUUAUGUUAAUAAAAGUCAAGGUAUAUUGUUAAGAUUCUAAACCAGAGUGAUCUGGUGUCUAUGAACUUUUAAGUGAGGGAAAUAGAUUGUCACCUGAGAGUCAAAUGGUAUAAUAAAUAAUUAUAGUGUGAUUAUUGUAAAUUCUAUGUACCCUCACUCAACCAAAAGUGCACAAUUUUUAUUCCUCCAUUCCUAACACAGUGCCUGUCACACUUGAGAUAUGUGCUACAGACUGAAUUGUGUCCCCUCAAAAUUCAUGUGUUCAAAUUCAAGUCCCCAAAGUGACAUGACUAUAUUUGGAGAUAGAGAUUCUAGGUAGGAUUUGAUACAGCUUUUGGGAAAAUUAAAUUGGAGGAAGUCUUAUUCAGGCUUCAGAAGCAGGAAAGCAGGUCUCUAACCUUGCUUCUGACCUCCCUGGACACUGCUCGGACCCCAUGCCUACCCACAAGCACAGCUAGUCAGUCAGCACUUUUGAUAAGAAAGAGAGUGGGAUGUGAAAUUUUUGAGCCCCUGGAGGUCAAAUCAACCACUCAAGGUUUAAUGAAAUCUUAUGACUCACAAGAAAACAAAAUUUCAAAAUGGUUAAAGUAAAACCAGGGCUGCAUUUUGUGUACAAACUGAUGAUAGUAUCAGUUUGCAGCCUGGGAUUAUAAGUGAGAACCUCCAAAACUACAAUCAUAAAACUCACCAUGGAGUGUAUGAACCGCCCAGGAGAGUUUCCCCACUGGGGCUCCAGAUUUCAUUUAAUGAGGGACUUUUCUUUACCAGCUGAGCCACAGGGGAAGCCCAAGGGACUUUUCAGCCCUGUUUAGUUCUGGAUGUCAGUUGACCCAAUUUGGUGAUGUAUAUGCUGUUGCUUCAACCCACUCCAGUGUUUUUGCCUGGAGAAUCCCAGGGACGGGGGAGCCUGCUGGGCUGUCGUCUAUGGGGUCUCACAGGGUCGGACAUGACUGAAGCGACUUAGCAGCAGCAGCAGCAUGAUGUUACUUAUCUCUAUUGUUUCUAUUUUUUUUUCUUUAAAUGACUGCAUAUUGAAGUCAAAUAAUCUUCUUUAAAAAUUGAAAUUGUUUACUUGUGUGUAGUGAGUGGUUUAUUUUGUUAUCAAAUCCUUUGAACCUAAAACAAAAGUAACUUACAGCAAAACAACAGGUUAAAUGAAGUCAUAACUGCGGUGUCAUAAUUUAAUACACUUGGUAGCCUUAUAAGAAGAGAAAGAGCUUCCUCUUUCUCUUUGCUUAUCACUCUCCCUCUCUCUCUCUCUCUCUCUGUGUUUCCACUCUCAUGAAAAGGCCAUUUGAAGGCACGGUGAGGAAGCAACCACGUGAAAGCCAGAAAUAGUGCUCUCACCAAAACCCAACUGUUUUGGCACCUGAGCUCAGGCUUCCAUCCUCCAGAAAUGUGAGAAAUAAAUUUCUGUUAAUUAGGCUGCCCAAUCUCUUAUAUUUUGUUACAGCAUCCCAAGCUGACUAAUGCAAUAUGUAGCAACCGCUUGAUGAAUCACUGAGCAACAUCCCUUAGACAAAUUCCCCAAGGGUUCUUCAAUUCCAGAGCAAUGUAUAUUUCCAUAUUAGUCUCUGCCCUUAGAUGAGGAGAUAAUAUAUGGUGUAAGGCAAUAAUAUUAUGUGUGCCCUGAUUCUGAUUUGACCCCUGGGAGAGGUUUCUUUGUUUUCUCAGAGCUAUGCUUCAGGAAGAAUUAUCUCCUGUAGUAGAAUGUCACCCAUGUAAAUCAUCUCUCCCCAGCUAGUCAGGGGAGCUGAAGGCAUGUGUACAGAGUUGGUUUUACCUAGAGUCCAAGUUUACACUUCCUCCAGACUUUAGGCCAACCCUUAAAAGAUAAGAUGUCUUCCAUUAUGUGCUAGAAAUUGCUAUCAAGAGGAAACAAAAGCUACUCUAGUGAAAAUGGUUUAAGACACAGGUAGACUGGCCACUCAGAGAAGACCUUUCAGGAUGUCCAUUGUUUUCACUUGUCAUCCUUCAAAGUCUUUCAAAACUCUUUUUAAGGCAAUGUCCUCACAAAUAUUUGCAUAAAAGAUAUAUGAUAUCUCCCUCUCCUCUGAAGAAUCCCUCGUGCUUCAUAUUCAGUAUAUCCUAAGCCCCUUCUUUGGCACAGGCACAACUGAUCUGAUUAGAAUCACCUUAGCAUUGGUUUUGACUAUGGUAUAACUUCAUAGAAAUUGCUUCUAUUAUGGGAACUUUCUGGCAUUAUCCAUUCAUAAUAGAUUUUUGGAAUUCAUUUAAAUUUUCAUUUGUAUCUGUGGUUAGUUUCUUCUUAUUGCUUAGUAGAUUUCAUUGUAUGAAUAUACUACAACUUUUUUAUAAUUAUAUAUCAGUGGAUAUUUCAGUUUUUCCUCCAUUUUGUCUACUAGGAAUAAACUUGUUAUAAAUGUUUGUGACUAA